AUGCGCGCAACAAGAAACGAUUUGACGGAGGAGGUGAAGCGCAAAGUCAUCAAAGCCCUUCAAGAGCGAGUGUGCAUUGGCAAGCUGCCGCGCGGGACCAUGAAGGCGAUGGCAACCGAAUUCGAACUCGAUAGAGGCACUAUACGCGAGCUGUGGCGACGCUUCCAGCAAGGCUGCCUGAAGUCGCGCAAGUACGGCCGCACGGGGCCGACAACACGCUACACAGCAGAACGAGUGGCAUUUCAAUCAGCACCAUCAGCCGCGCCCUCAAGAAAGGAAUCAUCAAGCGCCGCUCCUCACGGCUCAAGCCUCUCUUGA